UAUGUCAGGUGCCGCCGGUACUCUUAUAUAUAGGCCUACUUAGUUAGCAAGUUCAUGCAAUAUUUUAUUUGAUAUUCUUAGAAAAUUCUUUGAACCUUCUUUUUAGUGUAAUAUAACUGGUCAAUUACCGAAAAUUUGUGUAAUAAGACGAGGUAACUUAUUGUCUUGUUGAAGAUGUGUCCCUACACAGAUCAACAAGUUUGCUCCUUAGUUCUAGAAGAUGGGACAGUUUUGACAGGUUAUAGUUUUGGAGCAGCAAAACCUGUAGAUGGGGAAGUUGUUUUCCAGACUGGUAUGGUGGGCUACCCAGAAUCCCUGACAGAUCCAUCAUACCACGCCCAGAUACUGGUGUUAACAUAUCCUUUGAUUGGUAAUUAUGGAGUACCAUCUGAUGAGAAGGAUGAAUUUGGAUUGCCCAGAUGGUUUGAGUCAAGCCGCAUCUGGUCAGCUGGUCUGGUGGUUGGUGAGGUUUGUCAGACUCCGAGUCACUGGCAGCUCCAUCGCACCUUGUCACAAUGGAUGAUGGAGCAAGGUGUGCCAGGUAUCUGUGGGAUUGACACUCGAGAACUUACCAAGAAAAUAAGAGAGAAAGGUUCUAUUCUUGGAAAAAUUGUCAUGGGUACUGUCAGCCUACCAUCACCCACUGCUUCAAUAGCUUUUCCUGAUCCCAACAAACGAAAUUUGGUAGCUGAAGUGUCCAUAAAGGCUCCAAUCACCUUCAAUGCGGAGGGAAGUCCCCGUAUCUGUGCUAUUGAUUGUGGCCUCAAGUACAACCAGGUGCGUUGUCUGGCCCGUCGUGGAGCCAGAGUAGACCUUGUACCUUGGAACCACCCUCUUGAUCCUGCACAGUUUGAUGGCCUCUUCAUCAGCAACGGUCCCGGGGACCCAAGUUUCUGCUCUGUCACUGUGGAAAACAUCAAGACUGUGAUGACAGCGGGGAAACCUGUCUUUGGAAUUUGCCUGGGGCACCAGUUGUUGUCAUCUGCAGCAGGAUGCACUACUUAUAAAAUGAAAUAUGGUAACAGAGGACACAACCAGCCGUGCACCCAUCAUGGGACUGACCGCUGUUUCAUGACCUCCCAGAACCACGGGUUUGCUGUCAGUUGUGAGAAUAUGCCUCCUGGAUGGGCUCCUCUGUUCACCAACCGCAACGACCACACCAACGAAGGAAUAUUCCACACUUCUCUGCCAUUCUUCAGUGUACAAUUUCACCCUGAACAUUGCGCUGGACCUCAAGACCUGGAGUGUUUAUUUGAUGUGUUUCUUGCAACUGUAAAAUCACACAAGGUAGGCAGUGGUGUUGCUAUCACAGUUGCUGAUCGUAUAACAGACCAACUUAAAUAUCGUCCGUCCACAGACACCUCAGGACCUGUGUCACCUCGUAAGGUGCUCAUACUGGGCUCUGGAGGUCUCUCCAUUGGACAAGCAGGUGAGUUUGACUACUCAGGCUCCCAGGCAAUCAAAGCUCUCCAGGAACACAAGAUUCAGACCGUGGUGAUCAACCCCAACAUUGCCACUGUACAGACGUCUAAGGGCCUUGCAGACAAAGUCUACUUUCUUCCUAUCAUUCCUCAAUAUGUAGAACAGGUUAUCUGUUCAGAGAGACCAGAUGGCAUUUUACUAACAUUUGGUGGACAAACUGCGCUCAACUGUGGUGUUGAACUUCAGAAAAGUGGUAUUUUUGAGAAGUACGGAGUGAAGGUUCUUGGGACUCCCAUACAGUCGAUCAUCGAAACUGAGGAUCGCAAGAUAUUUGCUGAAAGAGUCAAUGAAAUUGGAGAAAAAGUCGCUCCGAGUGAGGCAGCAUUUUCCAUUUCAGAGGCAUUGGAUGCUGCAGCCAAGCUAGGCUAUCCAGUGUUGGCGAGAGCUGCAUUUUCCCUUGGAGGUCUUGGCUCAGGAUUUGCCAACAAUGCGGAUGAGCUUCGUCGUCUGGCCCAACACGCAUUCGCCCACUCCAGUCAGCUGAUUAUAGAUAAGUCUCUGAAGGGAUGGAAAGAAGUGGAGUACGAGGUGGUGAGGGAUGCUUAUGACAACUGCAUUACUGUUUGCAACAUGGAGAAUGUUGACCCUCUGGGGAUCCAUACGGGAGAGUCAAUUGUUGUGGCUCCUAGUCAGACACUCAGCAACCGAGAGUAUCACAAGCUGCGGACGACAGCUCUCAACGUCAUACGACACUUUGGUGUGGUGGGAGAAUGUAACAUACAAUACGCCCUCAGUCCCACCUCCGAGGAAUACUACAUCAUCGAGGUGAACGCUCGUCUAUCAAGGAGCUCGGCCUUGGCCAGUAAAGCCACUGGUUUCCCUCUGGCCUAUGUAGCAGCCAAGUUGGCCUUAGGCCUCUCCCUCCCAGAGAUCAAUAACAGUGUUACCACAACAACGACUGCAUGUUUUGAACCUAGUCUUGACUACUGUGUAGUAAAGAUACCUCGCUGGGACCUCAGCAAGUUUUCUCGCGUCAGUACAAAGAUUGGAAGCUCCAUGAAGAGUGUUGGAGAAGUGAUGGCAGUAGGUCACAAGUUUGAGGAGGCAUUCCAGAAGGCACUGCGGAUGGUGGAUGAGAACACAACAGGAUUUGACCCGUACGCCAAAGCUGCUCAAGACGAGGAGUUGGAACAGCCAACAGACAAGCGGAUGUUUGUGUUGGCUGCGGCUCUCAAAGCUGGAUACUCUAUUGACAGGUUAUAUGAGCUGACCAAGAUAGACAGGUGGUUCCUCCACAAGAUGGCCAACAUAGUCAACUACCACUUAGUAUUAGAACAGCUGUCUCAGCCAGAACUCACCCCUGAGCAUCUGCUGACUGCCAAGCGACUCGGCUUCUCUGACAAACAGAUAGCUGCUUGUGUCAGAAGCACGGAACUUGCUGUGCGAAAACAAAGGGAAGAUUGUGGAGUGACUCCUUGUGUGAAGCAGAUUGACACAGUGGCUGCGGAGUGGCCAGCCAGCACCAACUACCUGUAUCUCACAUACAAUGGAGCAACUCACGACAUCAGCUUCCCAGGUGGACAUGUCAUGGUCAUCGGUUCGGGUGUGUAUCGUAUUGGCAGCUCAGUGGAGUUUGACUCUUGUGCUGUUGGCUGCCUUAGAGAACUGCGCAAGUUGGGCAAAAAGACCAUCAUGAUCAACUACAACCCUGAAACUGUCAGCACGGACUACGAUAUGAGUGAUCGACUCUACUUUGAAGAGAUCUCAUUUGAGGUAGUCAUGGACAUUUACAACAUUGAGAAUCCAGAGGGAAUUAUUCUGAGCAUGGGAGGUCAGUUACCCAACAACAUUGCUAUGGACCUUCAUAGACAACAAGCUAGAAUAUUAGGAACCUCGCCUGAAUCAGUUGAUGGAGCUGAGAACAGAUUCAAGUUCUCUAGAAUGUUAGAUCGCAUUGGGAUCUCUCAGCCCAGAUGGAAGGAGUUGACAAACCUCAAGUCAGCGAAGGAUUUCUGUGAGGAGGUUGGUUACCCUUGCCUUGUGCGGCCGUCGUAUGUACUCAGUGGAGCAGCCAUGAAUGUGGCACAUUCUGAACAUGACUUAGAGAAGUACCUACAGUCUGCGAGUGAUGUUAGCAAGGAACAUCCGGUUGUCAUAUCCAAGUUUCUACUGGAGGCUAAGGAGAUAGACGUGGAUGCAGUAGCUUGUGAUGGUGUCAUCUUGUGUAUGGCUGUGUCUGAACAUGUUGAGAAUGCAGGUGUCCACUCCGGAGACGCCACCCUGGUGACUCCUCCACAAGAUCUCAACUCUGAGACCCUGACCAAGAUACAAGCCAUCUGUAGAGGCAUUGCCAGCAGCUUGGAGGUCACAGGGCCAUUCAACAUGCAGCUCAUUGCCAAGGACAACGUACUGAAGGUGAUUGAGUGCAAUGUCCGAGUGUCACGCUCGUUCCCUUUUGUCUCCAAGACCCUGGACCAUGACUUUGUAGCGAUGGCAACCCGAGUCAUCGUAGGAGAGAAGGUGGAGCCUGUAGAUGUUUUCUCAGGCUGUGGCAAAGUUGGGGUCAAAGUGGCCGUCUUCUCUUUCUCUAGGCUUGCUGGAGCGGAUGUGAUGUUAGGAGUAGAGAUGGCUUCUACAGGAGAAGUUGCUUGUUUUGGUGACAACAGAUAUGAGGCCUAUCUCAAGGCAAUGAUGAGCACAGGCUUCCAGAUGCCAAAGAAAGCCAUACUCCUGUCAAUCGGCAGCUUCAAGCACAAGAUGGAACUGCUCCCCAGUGUACGAGCCCUUCACAAGAUGGGUUUCAAGUUGUAUGGCAGCAUGGGAACUGCUGACUUCUACAAUGAACAUGGAGUACAGGUGGAAUCAGCUCAUUGGACGUUUGAAAACAUUGGUGAAAGCACGACGACAGGGGAGUUGAACAACUUGAAUGACUUCCUUGCCCGCAGAGACUUUGAUCUUGUAAUAAACCUACCCAUGCGUAACUCUGGCAAUCAGAGAGUGUCAUCAUUCAUGACAUACGGCUACAAGACUCGACGACUCGCAGUCGAGUACUCCGUGCCUCUAGUGACUGAUGUCAAGUGUGCCAAGCUGCUAGUAGAGGCAAUGCUGAAGAUCAGUAAGGAGCCUCGCAUGAAGACACACACAGACUGUCUGUCCUCCCACCGCAUGGUUAAGCUGCCAGGUCUAAUAGACGUCCACGUCCACCUCAGAGAGCCUGGCGCCACUCACAAGGAGGACUUUGCCUCUGGCACGGCUGCUGCCCUGGCUGGAGGUAUCACGAUGGUGUGUGCCAUGCCUAACACUAUACCAGCCAUCGUGGACGAGGAGACGUUCACACUGGCCAAAGAGUUGGCUGCGGCCAAGGCUCACUGUGACUACGCCAUCUUCCUGGGAGCCACAGUUGACAACUACAACCGCAUACCCGAACUGGCCUCUCAGGCCGCUGGACUCAAGAUGUACCUAAAUGAGACAUUCAACACACUUAGGCUGAAUGACUUGACUGAUUGGAUCAAGCACUUUGACAACUGGCCGCGGCGGUCGCCCCUGUGUGUCCAUGCUGAAGGUCAGACUACGGCUGCUGUACUGUUGCUUGCCUCCCUACACUCCCGGCCCAUCCAUGUGUGCCACGUAGCUCGCAAAGAGGAGAUACAGAUCAUUAGAGCAGCCAAGGAAAAGGGUUUGCCUGUGACAUGUGAGGUGUGCCCUCACCAUCUGUUCCUUACCAACACUGCUGUAGAACAUCUGGGCGAUCGGAAGUCCCAGGUCAGACCCAUCCUAGUCACUGAGGAGGACAGACAAGCUCUCUGGGACAACUUGGACAUCAUCGACUGUUUUGCUACUGAUCAUGCUCCUCACACUCUAGAGGAGAAGCUGGGAGAGAAGGCUCCUCCUGGGUUCCCUGGACUGGAGACUAUGCUGCCUCUGCUGCUGACUGCAGUCAAUGAGGGCAAACUGACCAUCGAGGACCUGAUCAACAAACUUCAUCGUAAUCCUCGUCGCAUAUUCCACCUGCCUGAGCAGCCCCAUACUUAUGUUGAGGUUGACAUGGAUGCAGAGUGGACCAUUCCAGAAGCCAUGCCCUUCAGCAAGUCCCAGUGGACACCCUUCGCUGGCAUGAAGGUCAAAGGUCAAGUCCACCGGGUUGUUCUCAGGAAGGAAGUUGCCUAUGUUGAAGGCCAGGUGCUGGUACCAUCAGGCUAUGGUCUAGAUGUUAGAGACAUGGAUACAUGGAAGCCUGGGAAGACAUCUAAAUUGACUGCGCUGAGUAGAGCUGGCAGCUCUCUAGAUGUCCACACUCACACAACUAAAACUGACUUCUCGGAACUACUUGAAUCAGAGGACCUUUAUGUACCACCUUUGCAUAUAGAAAGUUACGGAAAAACAGAGAAAACAGAAGGGAUGGCUCGUCUGACAGAGCACCAACUGCUGCUACGGCCUGUCUCUCCCACCCCUAUUCCCCCUGUGGGAACUCCUCAUCCUCACCCCUCCUCCCAUGGUCUCCAAGGUCAACAUGUGCUCAGCGUGGACAUGUUCAGCAAAGAGCAACUGAACGACAUAUUCAACCUGGCCCAGACCAUGAGGGUGUACGUGUUGAAAGAUCGUCCCUUGGACCACAUACUCAAGGGUAAGGUAAUGGCGUCCAUAUUCUACGAGGUGAGCACUCGCACUAGCAGCAGUUUCAAUGCAGCCAUGCAGAGACUGGGCGGUCGAGUGGUGCAGAUAGAUGAGACCAGCUCUUCUGUCAAGAAGGGGGAGACCCUGGAGGACACUGUGGCAGUGAUGGCAGGAUAUGCAGACGUCAUUGUGUUGAGGCAUCCACAACCUGGUGCUGUAGCUAGGGCUGCACAACACUGUCGCAAACCAUUGGUAAAUGCUGGGGACGGAGUGGGAGAACAUCCAACGCAGGCGUUGUUGGAUGUGUUCACUAUCAGAGAGGAGAUAGGAACAGUGAACGGGCUGACCAUCACUAUGGUGGGAGACCUCAAACAUGGUCGCACCGUCCACUCACUGGCCAGACUACUGACCCACUACAACGUACAGCUGCAGUAUGUGAGCCCUGCAGGUCUGGGCAUGCCUGAUCACGUCAUUGAGUACGUAGCCUCCAAGGGCAUCUCUCAGCAGGAGUACAGGACAUUGGAGGAGGUCCUUCCUGACACCGAUGUCCUCUAUAUGACCAGGAUACAGAGAGAACGGUUCUCCUCUCACGAAGAGUAUGAUAAGGCUUGUGGCCAGUACGUGGUGACUCCUCAGCUGUUGACCAAGGCCAAACGCAAGAUGGUGGUGAUGCAUCCUCUACCUAGGGUGUUUGAGAUUAGUGUUGAGCUGGACUCGGACCCCAGGGCUGCCUACUUCAGACAGGCAGAGUGUGGACUCUACGUCCGCAUGGCACUGCUAGCCAUGGUCCUCGGAAGAGCCUAACUACUUAUCUUCCCUCUAAUCUAGCCACCGUCAUCACGUAACGAAACAUUCCAUGAUUUGCUCAAUUUGUUUGAAUAUUUUAUAGUAAAAUAUAUUAUGAUUUCAUAA